CCAAGUCGAAAAUCCUUGAUUUUGUUAAAUUAAAAAUUAGUAUCAUAAAAAAUUACUUCCUACAUAAUAUGGGCUUAAUCACUCUCACUUACAUGAAAUGUCACCCACAGUCACAUAAAAGUCAACCAAAGUCUGUCAGUCAUUUAAAAUCCUAUUCUACUUAAACAAUCAAUUUCUAAAGAAAGAGGUGAUUACAGAACAUAAACUAUUCGUGUUCCUUUUCCUAGGGGUUUAGCUCCAUGUACUCAUUAUUACACUGAGUGUUGAAUUCUGCAGGAGCGGCCAGCCGUAUCAGAACUUAAAAAUAAAUUAGGGUCCUUAACGCGAUAAUGGAUGUUCCUGGAAAGUUAUAGAAAGAUGAUUUGACCCCAAAAUGAAUUUUCUGGAAUUUACCCAAACGUACAGCUUACUUGACUAACUGAUUUGACAGGAGAGUGAAGAAUAUCCAUUGAAUUGAAGUCGACCCCUGGCCUUAAGUUAACUCAACAAUGGUUGGACUAAAGGCACCCAUUGAUCCCACAAAAAACAAAAACAAAAAACCCAACAGAAAUGGCCACUGAGUAAGUGAAAAGACUGAUGUUGAAUCUCUGGACUAAAGGCAUCAUUGCUCCAAAAUAAUAAUAAUAAUAAUAAUAAUAAAAAACCCAAAAGAAAUGGCCAAUGAGUAAGUGAAAAGACUGAGGUUUAAUCUGCUAUCGCGCAAACGGAUAGGUAGUAUGAGAAUCAUGGCAAACUAAGGAGCUAACCAUAAGUUAUUCAGCAAAUAUGCUUUGCCAAAAACAUGUUGAGCAAAUAUGCUGAGCCAAAAACUUGUUGGGAAAAAUAUGCUAGAGAGUCAAGAUAUGGCGGUAAAGUAAAAUCUACUAUAGUAGUAUAAGAGAUAAUACGUCCCUGUCUUGCUCUAUAUAUGAUCGGUGCAUAGUCAAAAGUUAAGGGUGAGAAAGGAGAACAAUAAUAUGUGGAAGCAUAAAGCUACAGAAGAUUUGCAUAUCCGUGGGGAUGAUGAAAGUUAUGGACUUUCCGGAGAAGAAGGACAAAAAGAAUCCAUUCUAUUACAGAUAUCAGCAUGCAGGAAUCGAAGGGGAACGUAUUAGCUCUACCCGUCCUGUCUCAAUCUCAUCAUCCAUUUUCUGUACUUGGAAAAAACACGGGUCAACCCAUGAGAGAGUUAGAUAAUUCGGGCGUUAUCAAUGUAUCAUCCUGUUAGGAAUAAAAUCCCAACUGGGGCCCUGGAUAUUGUACAUGCUGAAACAAGUAAAAGACUAAAAAACUUGGCUUAACUUGGCUUGUUACAUUCUAUGAAUGUCGCUUUAACAAAGAGGAGAAUCUUCAUAGUAUUGACUCUAAUUAGACAACUCCGUUUAGAAUCCAAGUAUUUGAUCAGAUUAAUAACGUGCAACAAGCUUUUAGUCCGCUAAGCCGGCUCUUGAGAUCAGGAUACCCAUUCAAUCUCUACUGGUAAAACCGACCUUUUCAAGAAAAAUAUAUCUCUGAAAGUUUUAUCUGUCAUCUUCUAAAGUACUUCUUACCUGCAUCAGGAGGAAGGGAGAAAAAUAUCUGGUUAGAGAAUUCUUAGUAAAGAAUAUUUCUUUCAGAUUUUAGACUGAGACUACUCCAAUUAAAGAAAAAGGAUGUCAAAUAAGAAAGUGAACCUUUAUACCAAGAGGUUUAUCUGGAUCAAGCAGGGUUUUCCCCUCUGCUACGAAAUUCUUGAUUUCGAUAUACAUGGAAUACUGAAUUUAUGACAGACGAACUACAAAUUCAUCAGUAAUAAUUAAUUAAGAAUACAGAAAUCCUCUAUGUGCUUAUGCAAAGUUAACAACGAAAUAACGUGCUUAGCUACAGUCUAAUGUGACUGUAUUUUAAUCAUACAUACAAGUGCUUCAGAACAAGCAAAAGGAUGAUAACUUUUCAUCCAUAAUCUCAUAUUUAACCAAACAACCCAAAUGUUAAGAGAUUGGUAACUAAUUAAUUAAACUAAAUCUGGAAAUGUGAAAAUUGAAUUGGAAGAAAAGAUCCACUAUCAUGAAAUUAUUUACUAGUGCUGUGACUGCUGUUUGCAAGUCAAAAGAGCGCGGAGACUAAAAGUAAUGAUACAAAUCAAUGGCUAACAAGAAAUUCCAAAAAGAUGCUAGCAAACACGGAACACCCCGUGUAGAAACUAGAAAGAAGGAUAAAGAUAAAUCCUUUAUACUUCACAUUUUAGCAUAUCUCAAGAAUUUUCACAAAGCAUCUAAAGAAUAAGAAUUAUAAGUUGUAUGUCCGUAUGCAUGCACUAUCAAGUCGGCAGUUAGUAGGAUGUACGUGUAUAUUAAAGUACCUUCCUAGUUCCUAACAUAUAUCGGUACUUGAAAAGAAUCCGGCGACUCUUGCUCCGAGUGCCAUAUAGUUCUAGAAACUAUUCAGAUUCUGGUCAACCAAAGGCAGGUUUUUUUUACCCUUUUUCGACACUUUCAAACGGACGUUCUUGUAUUACAAUAAACUAAAUCAAACAUCUAGCUGAAUUCCCCUUUGGCCCUUUCUAUUUGCUAUGAAGUACGGAGUAGUAGUUAAGUUAGUUGUCUCCAUAGUAAUAAGACAUCAGCCCAAAAGUGUCUUUCUGCAAGAAUUUGUAGGCUGCAGACAUCUGACCCAUCAAAACAGACUGCGUGCGAGUCUCAUUUGAGGCACUAGAGUAAUUGUACAAUAUGAUAGGCUAGAAACAAACAAGGACCUAUAGAUUUGGGUUGUAACUUUUUUUGUUGGUAAGCUUACUGUAUAUAGGCAUUUGCUAACAGUCUCUUCCAAUGAAUUACUGAUUAACUGCUUAAAGUUGAGCUAGGUUUUUAUUUUUUUAGCCCCACUGAUGGUGUAUAUGCACCAGUUAAACCAGAUAGAAAAUCACCGGAAAAUCUCAUAUUCGUUGAUAAGCAUUUUGGUGAUACCUUCCUAGCCAUUCAACCAAGCAGAUGAUUGAAUUUCAUUAUCAGCAGCUAACUUUUUGAAAUAUUACUGACUGUUAGUGGCCUGCUAGGUUGAUUAGAUAAGGUUACCAAUAUUCCUCCAUGUUGUCUAGGUUGAUUAGAUACUACAGAAAAUUCCAACCAAUUACUACAGGAAAUUCCAACAAAAUACUGCAGAAAAAUUCCAACCAAAGGUGUAGCCUAAUGAAUAUAGAAUCAUUAGAAAAAGCUUGAUUCUGUUUGCAGGACACCCUUGCCUAGACUUCAUAUCCACGUGACGGUAGAUGGUGAGCUCCCAUUUUCCCACUUGUCAUAUAAAGAGAGCAUAAAGCUUCUUUUUAGCCUGAAGUAUUCACAUCGAUCAGUCAAACCAUUUUUGACAUUUCCCUCCUAUAUAAGGACUCGAUGAGAUACUAACAUGCAUAACCACAUAACAACUCAGCAUUCUUGUAAGGUUAAAACUUAAAAGGAGUAUGGCUUCCCUCUCUCUAGAUCCAAGACUGAGUGUCAAUGCAUCAUAUCACCACCAUCACGGAGCUUUGGUGGAAGAGAUACAAGGGUUGAUCAGGGUACACAAAGAUGGACAUGUUGAGAGGCCACCUAUAAUCACAAAUGUCCCUUGCAGCAUUCCAUCUGAGCUGAGGGUGUUAUCAAGGGAUAUUGUGAUGAACAAAUUCACUAAUCUGUGGGCACGUGUUUAUGUUCCACAAGGACAAAGGAACCACCUGCCUCUUGUUGUUUACUUCCAUGGAGGGGGUUUCUGUGUAGGUUCAGCGGCAUGGAGUUGUUACCAUGACUUCAUAGCCAACCUAGCAUCUAAAGCAGGCUGUGUAGUCAUAUCAGUAAAUUACCGUCUAGCCCCUGAAAACCGCCUUCCUGCUGCCUAUGAGGACGGUUACAACACCAUCAUGUGGGUGAAGGAGCAAGCUUCUGUCAGUGGCGGCUCUAAAGAGAAUUAUUGGUGGUUAAACUGCUGCAAUGUUUCAGAUUUCUUCUUAGCAGGUGACAGUGCAGGAGCUAACAUUGCUCAUAAUGUUGCUCUAAGAUUUGGGGCUAGUAGAGAAGCCAUUCUAAGGCCACUUUCUCACCGAGGUACUAUCCUAAUCCAGCCUUUCUUUGGAGGUGAGGCGCGGACAUCAUCUGAAAAGGCUCCCCAGCCACGUGGCUCAGCGCUUACCUUAUCAGCAGCUGAUACCUAUUGGCGGUUAUCCCUCCCAGUGGGCUCUAGCCGGGAGCAUCUAUGGUGCAACCCUUUAGCUAACUUGAAACGGAUUGAACUUCCAGCUACCAUGGUGUGUGUGUCAGACAUGGAUAUCUUAAUGGAUAGGAACAAAGAGUUCUGUUCGGCCAUGGUUAAAGCAGAUAACAAGGUAAAAAUGAUGGUUUACAAAGGUGUAGGUCAUGCAUUUCAGAUCUUGAACAGCUCUCCACUCUCCAAAGCUCGCACACAAGAAAUGAUGGCUCACUUCAAAACUUUCAUACACAGCUGAACAGCCCCAUUUCUGCUUCAAAUUAGCUCUAAGAGUGAUGUUUGUUGAUUACCUACCUAAUCAUGAAAUCCUGUUAAUGUACAUAUAGUAUGAAUUGUGUACUUCUGCUGAUAUUAAGCAUUACAUCUGAGUAUAUUUGUUAUUCUAGCAUGA